AUGAGCGAGGUUUUCCAAGCCUUCGCCGAGAUGAUGCAAUCACGAUCACGAGCAACUUUAAGCUAUCGACCACAGGCCAGCGGCCAACAAGAAUGCUCCGUGAAGUCGGUGAUGACUUCUGUUCGUGUGUACGCGGAAGACCCUCUUCAGCAGGAUUGGGAUGAGAUUGCUGAAAGGUUGGUGUUUGCAAUUAACACAUCCCAUGACACAACAAGGAUGGAGACGCCGUUCUACCUCGUUCACGACUGGGACGCACAAUCCACACCCCUGGCGAUGUCUUCAUCACUCGGACGAGCCUCCAAUAGUCAGUCCGAUGCGUUAGCAUGGAGUCACUAUCAAGCGGCAGAAAAGGAGCGAAGAGUCAAGGAACAUAACGAAGCCCUAAGUCGACUGGAUAAAGCCGCUGUGUCAGGACCAAGGAAAAAUGGAGGCUUGGUGAAUGACCCAGCAGUUUUGUCGGUCCUGAACAAUGCUGUAAAGAAUCUACCGAGGUCUCUUUCCGAGACUGAAGGUAGAGUAUGGCUCUACAUGGAACGCGUAAAACCCGGUCUUACCAAGAAGUUAGCACAUCGAUGGCAUGAACCAUUCCGGAUCAAACGAAAGGUCGAAGAAUUCGCAUACGAGUUGGAGUUACCAGACAAGAGCGGAUAUCGCUUCUACCCCGUUGUGCAUGUGUCAAGACUCAUGGCAGUAAACGAGUAUCCAAGUCGACCGAAGACUCGGUUGACGCAAGAAGUAACCGAGGAUAUAAGGUUUGACUUCGAUGAGGAGCUAUUGCCUGAAGGUAGCUGGGAACCAGAUCACUUGGCAGGGGAAUAUGAGGUCAAGGCCAUCCUCGAUGACCGAAUGCCACAGUCGACGAGCACUGAGCGAGCCGUGCGAGAAUUCAAAGUCAAAUGGGUCGGCUAUGAUGAACUAACUUGGGAGCUAUCAUCUAACCUGUCCUGUGGAGGCUUGUUUUAUGACUAUCUGCGGGUCAAGAAGAGUGAACGUCGGCUACAGAUGGUCCAAGUCGCCGACGAAGAUUAG